AUGCAGUCAAAUCUCAGAGCUCAGGCUGAGAUUCAGGCCCAGCGGAAGAAGCAGCUCGCGAAUUCGUAUAAACAGCUCCUCGAUGAAUUCGCCGCGACAGACUUGAAGACGGUAGGAAACUACACGCUAGGGAAACUUAUCGGCAAAGGUAGCUUUGGAAAGGUCUAUUUGGCAACGCAUAAGCUCAGCAAUGGGUCCAAGGUCGUGCUCAAGAGCGCGAAGAAAGACGACACCAAUCUCGCGCGAGAGAUCCACCACCACCGCCAAUUCAUACACCCGCAUAUCGCCCGGUUAUACGAGGUCAUAGUCACAGAGACGCUGGUCUGGCUCGUCCUCGAAUACUGUCCAGGAGACGAGCUGUACAACUAUCUCCUCGCAAAGGGCGCUCUCGAACCCUCCAAAGUCCAGCGCAUCUUCACACAGCUUGUCGGCGCCGUGUCCUACGUGCACAACAAGUCCUGCGUCCACCGCGAUCUGAAACUCGAGAACAUCCUGCUGGACAAACACGGAGACGUGAAGUUGGUCGAUUUCGGGUUCACGAGGGAAUAUGAGGGCAAGAGCAACUAUCUGCAGACAUGGUGCGGGACUGUGUGCUACAGCGCGCCGGAGAUGCUAAAGGGCGAAAAGUAUGCGGGAGAAAGGGUGGAUGUUUGGAGUCUGGGAAUCAUUCUAUAUGCGCUGCUGGUGGGCGAAUUGCCGUUUGACGAUGACGAUGAGAUGAUCACGAAGGCGAAGAUAUUGAAGGAAGAGCCUACAUACCCGGAGAAUUUUCCCCCGCAGGCAAGAGAGCUGUGCCAGUCGCUGCUAUCGAAACGGCCAAUACUGAGACCGUCAUUGGCCGACAUAUUACAGAAUCCGUGGUUGUCAGAACACGCGCCGCGCCAACAAGAAACGCUGAAACUGCAACAGCCCGCACCUUUCUCGACCGAGUUGGAGAAGGAAGUGCUUCAUCGGAUGCGCGCCGCUGGGGUCGAUAUCGAUAUGGUGAUUGAGAACGUCCUGGCGCAGCGAUGCGAUGCUUUGGCUGGCUGGUGGGCACUACUGCUGGAAAAGGAGGAGAGGAAGGCGAAGAGACGGGAGCGCAAGCGUAAAGAGAGGGAGGCGGAAGCGAAGAGCUUGCGGCGGUUAAGUGCUGCAAGCAGUCGUUUGGACAAAAUCGCGCCUACAAUUAGAGAGAUGGACGAGGAGGGCUUUGCCUCGAAGAUGCCCAGUGAUCAACCAAAGAGUCGAGGGAGGACUACGAAUCGGCGAAGUCUUCAUGGCGCGCCAGAUCUCCCUCGCCUCCCAGAAUCCGGCUCGACACCCAGCCUUCGCUCCGAAAAGCCUCUCCCGCCAAUCGGUAGCCACCAAGCCCGUGGCUCAGACUCGUCGUCACGGCCUCGACCGCCAGCGAAGGAUCUCGACAGGCGACGAUCACGUAGUAGCAUGCUGCAAGUCGUUUCCACCAACUCGGACCUCCUUCAUCCGAACGGCUUUGUACCCAAACAACGACGUAGGAAACAGCCCUUCAUUGACCACCUCUUGUCGCUCAGAAACUGGAUAAAAGAAACAUCGAAACGCGCUCGAUCGCCAAACUCAAAAGCAAGUAGCGGACAGAGCCCGAAGAUACCAGAAAGUAAAUCACCAGACUCGAAGCGACGUUUGAGCACCGCGAACCGCACAUCGGUACAUACGAAUUCGAGUCUCACGCCGACGGCGCAAGUCACGCCCCGAGCUCGUGUAUCCACGCAUGGCUCCGGCUCCGUACGACGACUAUCAGCGUCUCCCGCGCCACUCACACCACGCUCCUCGUACCGGCGCUCCUCGGGCGGUCUGCGAGGCCGAAAAUCCACGUCUUCGUCGGUAUCGUCGAUCCGCAGUAUGCCGCACCACCACCACUCGCACUCGAAAGCGUCUUCAACAUCCUCCGCAUCGAUUACCUCACCUGCUGUGUCUCUAUCAGGACAUGGCCACAAGAUAACCAAGAGUCCGCAUAACAGCAUCAAGGUCCUCCCCGCAACACCUACCUCGUCCACUUUCCCUUCCAACAUCCGUCUCGUGCGCGCAGGCGUGCCCUCUUCCUUCAACGAAGGCGGCUUCGCCUUCGGCACGUCUUCCACCGGCCCCCCUGCAUCCCCCGGUCUCAUCUUCGCCAAACGGAAGAGAAGUCCCUUCAAGGGCCCCUCGCUGAACGUCAACACCCAAGGCAGUCCCGGGUGGCGCGGUCGCAGCGACGGGGGGAGUAGGACCCAGAGCGUGCAAGGCAGGCGCAGUGGCGAGAUCAUGGGCAUUACCGAGGAAGAAGAAGAGGAAGAGGAGGAAGAGGACAUUGAAGUGGUGGACUUUAGUCGCCAGUUGAAAGAGGGCGAGUUUGUCGAGGAAGAAGAGGAGGAGAAACCGCCGCCUACUCCGCCUAAAGAGAAGGCGUAG